AAUCAGAGGCAAUUUAAAUGAGGACAGGUGUGUUCUGACUCAUAUUUAACAUGAAUUUGAAAGGGAUUGGUUCAUUCUAAACAACGGCAUCCCCAGUUAUUAGGGUGUACACAUUUCUGUGACUACAUUAUUAUGUCAUCUUUUAUUUAUUCUUUUUUAUUUGGUUAUAGAACCUCACUGUAAAAAUAAAAAUGAAAAAAUGUUAAGUAGUAAAAAUGUUUAGAUAUUAAACGUGGACAAUUCCUAAUUUUUGAAUGGCACAAAUGGACACGUAGCAAAUAGUUACAACAAGCAAAAAUGGGAGGACAAAAUUUUAAAAAAUAUGUAUUUAUUAGGAGGGAUGAAUAGUAUUUACUGUAACAAUGUAUAAUGUUAACAAUAACACAUGGAUAAAAUAUGGCAACUAUGGAACAUUUUGUUCCCCUAUCCAGUGUGACGUAUUGACUGGAAGUACCGCUGCUCUCCAGUAGGUCGCGCUCGCACCUCAGCCUCGACGCGACGAGGAAGUGCAACAACCGUGCUGCCCAAUUCAAAGUACGCCAUAAAUAUGGCGCCAAAAGAGUUUUCAAGCAGAGGUUCUCCUGCUCCAUUCCAGCUCAUCAUUUGUUUAGUCCCUCUCCUUUUUUAAGGAGGAGCGUGCAGGGCUGCCGGACGCAGGGGGGGUGGAGGGGGGGGACGACGUUUGUCUUGUGCACAGCCGCGUCCAGUACCGUGCGGCCGGGCCAGAGAGGGACGAGGAGGAGGUGGUAGCCUGGUAGUGUGUUUUGGAAGAAGAAGAAGAAGAAGAGAGGUGGGGGUUGCGAAACAAACUGGAUUGCAAAUCUUUUAGAGGACAUUAUUUUUUUUUCAAUCCAUUUUUUGGACAUUGGAGUGUUUUCCUGUUAAAAAAAAAAAAAAAAUGCGACAUGCUUUUUUCCAGUGAGCGGCAUGUCGCGCGCCGCGAGCCGCUCUGCGCGCACUGAAAGGCGGCUUCGGCGACGGUGACACCCCGGCCCCUCGGCUCCGUGACCCGAAGCUCCUCCAUCGCAAUUUUUUUCCCCCGCUUAUUUUUUUCAAGUGCAUUUUAUUUGGAUUUCUUGUUGUUGUUGUUGUUGUGUGGUAUUUUUUUUAAAGCUGUCAAGGUGGGUGGGAGGGGAAAGGGUCCUGUCAACCCAACGUGGAAGUUAACCCAGAGGAACAACAUUUGCAUGUGCUUGGAUACCGAUGGUUUCCUAAUCGGUGGGACCCCCUCCAAAGAAGAACAAGAUGGAGAGUGAGACGAAGAGGAGGAAAUACUCCACCAGCAGCAAUGACUCGGACACCACAGACAGCCAGGUGACGUCGUGGUCCAGGUCUUCCCAGAAUGCGGGAACCAGCAUCACGUGGGUACGGCACCAGCACAAAAAGCAUUCAGAGGUGUUUCGCACCGACUUCAUCACGGCCAUGAAGCUUCCCGACUCUGCGCAGCUGGGCUUGGAUGACUUCUACGUGCUGUCGGACCCUUGGAGGCAAGAGUGGGAGAAAGGAGUCCAGGUGCCGGCCAACCUGGAGGCCAUCCCGCAGCCCGCGGUCAGGUUACUGCCGGUGUCGACGGGCAAGACGUCCAAUGAGGGCGACGCGGACUCCCGACCUCUCCCCGGCCAAGUGUACAGCUGCUACGACCUGGACGACACGGACGUGGCCUGGCUGGAACUCGUCAACCUGGAGUUUGUGCAGAUGGCGCUCCCUGAGCUGGAUGAGCUGACCAUGGAGUGCGUCCUGGUGGAGCUGGAGCGUCUGUGCGAAGAGAAAAUGCAGCAGGCCAUCGAGGCAGAAGAAGGCCUGGGCAUCGAGUACGACGAGGAUGUGGUCUGUGACGUCUGCCGCUCGCCCGAAGGCGAGGACGGCAACGAGAUGGUCUUCUGCGACAAGUGCAACGUCUGCGUCCACCAGGCCUGCUACGGCAUUGUGAAGGUCCCGCAGGGCAACUGGCUUUGCCGGACGUGUGCCCUGGGUGUGCAGCCCAAGUGUCUGCUGUGCCCCAAGCGGGGCGGUGCCCUCAAGCCCACCCGCAGUGGAACCAAGUGGGUCCACGUCAGCUGUGCCUUAUGGAUCCCCGAGGUGAGCAUCGGCUGUCCGGAGAAGAUGGAGCCCAUCACCAAGGUGUCCCACAUCCCGGCCAGCCGAUGGGCUUUGUCCUGCAGCCUGUGUCGAGAGCACACGGGAACGUGCAUACAGUGUUCCAUGCCCUCGUGUAUUGUGGCCUUCCACGUGACGUGCGCCUUCGACCACGGUCUGGAGAUGAGGACCAUCCUGGCCGAGAACGACGAGGUCCGCUUCAAAUCGUUCUGCCUGGAGCACAGCGGCGGUGCGGCGGCCCGACCCGAGUGGACGCCCGAUCUCCCGGAGCCCAGAUCGGUACCGUACUCGGUUUCCGACAGGGCCGAGCGGGACCAGCUGGAACGAGACAAGGUGAGCCAGAGGAAGCAGAAACUACAGGAGCUGGAGGACGAGUUCUACCGACUGGUGGACCCAUGCGAGGUGGCGGAGAACAUGGCGCUGCCCCUCACACAGGUGGACUUCCUGUACCAGUUCUGGAAACUGAAGAGGAAGGCCAACUUCAACCAGCCUCUGGUAACACUGAAGCGGGACGAGGUGGACAACCUGGCCCAGCAGGAGCAGGACGUUCUCUACCGACGCCUCAAGCUUUUCACACACCUCCGGCAAGACUUGGAGAGGGUGCGUAACCUGUGCUACAUGGUGACGCGGCGGGAGAAGAUGAAGCACAGCCUGUGUGACCUCCAAGAGAAGAUCUUCCACCUACAAGUGCAGCUGCUGGAAGAGGACAUGGCCGGAGAGAGAGUCCAGAAAGGAGGAGGCGGGAAAAGGAAGCAGAGUGCAGGAAAGGAGAGCAAGAGAAAGGAGAGAUGGAAGUCAGACAGUGCCCCUCUGCUUAAACAGCUAGGUCUGUCCAAGUCCUUCCCGUUGGAUAACUCGUUGUUCGACAGCUGGCUGGCUGAGUCUGUGCAGAUCACGGCCGAUGACGUGCUGGGCAAGUGGGCUCUGGGUUCGCAGCACCGGGACAAGACCGGCAGCCUGCUCUCCGACCAGCUUCUGCAGGGCGAGGAGAGCCUGCUCAAUCUGAUGAUGGAAAACUCCAUGGAGUCCACGUGGAAGACACCCCAGCUGGGCCGCAAAUCCCGGGGCAGCUGCAAGCCCCGCGCCCGCGGACACCCGCACGCACCGUGCACCGUGCCUCCGCCGGAGACCCUUCGGUCUACCGGCUCGGGGUCCGGCGCCUCUGCCGUCAAGAGCCCGUGGAUUGGUGGCGGGGAAGAGGAAAAGCACGCUGCCCGGAACCGGGCAAAAGGUCCCGCCAGGAUCCUCCACCACCACCACCUCCACCGUCAUCACACCAGGAGUUCAGACCUGCAGCCGCCCAUUUCCAAAAUGGAUUCCUGCCACAUCUCUGAGGACGGCGAGCCGUGGGGCGCCAACGGCGUCACGUCAGGGCGGACGUCCGCCGCUCCGUCCCCGCGUCUACGCGUGUCCCGCCAAGUAAAAUCCCGAGGGCGAGGCGGCAGCGGGAUGGCAUCCGAGGUAAAGGAACAGCGUUUGCUCCACGCCGACGGCUACUUUUCGGACGGCGAGCAAAGCGACUCGGACAGGCGCCCCGGCGGAGCGCGCAAACUCCGCCUGGCGCAGUUGCAUCCCGGGAAUGAGGACCUGCUGAGGCAGAGCGUCAUGGCGUCUUAAGGACCCCGAACGCCCUGCCGACACGCGAGCGCUCUCGUUAGCCCGCUCGCUCUACCUGUGCCCUGAGCAUUCUUUGAAUGUAGCUACUCGCCUCCUUGCGUCUCACCGUUCGGUUCCGCGCAGAAAUAGGAAACAGGCGUCCGUUUUUUUUUUUUAAUUUUUUUUUUCCUAUCCAAUUUCUGUGCGUUAAAAGACUUGGUCAUCGUAGUCUUUGGGGCAUUCUUCUAAAUAUCUUUACCGAGGUUGGUUUCAGGGUCUUCUUUGAACAGCAGGUGGCGUCUGAAAGCACAACUAGCGAGCAAUGAGCGUGAUUAGUACUGGCUGGUUUACAAAAAAAAUAAAAUAAAA